UCUAGGGAGUUUGUCCCUUCGAGCCGCCGCCUAUCAUUUCCCCUCGGGGUCCAUCCCCACCUACCAGCUUCAAACCCCCGAUCCGAGAGAAUCCUCUCGAUCUCUCCCCACCAACCCGAGACCUCCCAUCGAUCCAACCCUCCUCUGCCUUCCUGCCCGUUCUGGAUCGAGGAGCCCGAGCCCCCGCAGCCACCCGAGGCCUCCGCGGCCUGCCCCUACUGCAAGCUCAUGCCCGAACCUCGCCGUCCUCGUUUGGCCGUCGUGUCGUCGGAGGCCACCGUUCCCUGCCACAGAGCUCGGCGCCAACGCCAUGGAUGCCACCACUAGGAGCUUCGCCCGCGCUGCCGCCAUGGAUUGGAUCCGGCCGGAGUUGCUCCUCCGCCGCCCUGCUCCGUUCGUCGCCGUCUCCGUAAGAUCCAGCGAGGUCCAUGCGUUCCCGCCCUCGUCCGUCGCUCUCCCGGCGACCAAGCUGCCGGAGCAAUAACGCCCUGUCGCCACCGUCAAGGACCACCAGGAGGAGUGCCCGCGCCCAGUCCAGUCUUCGUGCCGGAGCGCCGAGCCGCAAGCCCCUGCGCCUCUUCCGCCGGAGCCCUGAAGUCCUUCCGUCGUGGCCUUGCCCGAGCCUCCCGGCGCCCGCCUACCAUGGCCGCCUCGUCCCUGCUCCAGAGAAGGACGAGCAGCGCCGUGCCUGUUGACUGUGUCGCCAAAUCCGCCGCCCACGUCCUCGACUGGAUCCGCCGGAUCCCCAUCGCCGCGCCAAGUCCUGAUGCCGCCGAUGCCGCUGCGUUUACUUCCCCGGCGCUGCUCGAGAGCGAGUCCUGCCCAGCGCUCAAGUCUGCGUGGCGCGGUUCUGCUUCGUUCAAGCAGGGGAAGACACACGCAGCUAGCGCCCCUGAUCCUCGCGUUGACCGCGCCACGGACCCGCUCCUUCCAUGUCUCUCCAGCCAGAUCCCGAGUCCAGCAACAGGCCCAGCCUGCUUCUUUGUCAGGGCCCAGCCGCUCCUCAACCCUCCAUCGUCCUAGGCCUCAAACCGUGGUGCGCAGCCCAGCCGGUUUAGUUUUGGCCUGCCUUGUUUUUUCUGUUAUUGAGGAAUUUGUCUAUUUAUCCAGGAUUUACUUAUUUGUAGAGAACCCCUCAUCAUUCAUGCAUUUAAUAACUCACUAACGGUGCAUCGGUUUAAAAUGCUUUAUGUAUGAGAAAUGACUAGAAUUUCAUCUAGUUUUAUAAUAUCCAAUUUUCAUUUAUGUUUAAAAUGUUUAAUAUGUUGUUUGUAUUAUUUUGCCUAAUGCCAUGUUAAAAUGAUUUACUUCAUAACUUAAUAA